AUGGCUGAGAUGCUAAUUAAUCAGACCAUGUCAACAACAAAAAGAACCCAUUUUCAAGUUCCAUCACUACCAGCUUUCAGAACUGUGAACUACCGAAGAAAUUAUGUGAAAAUACUGAAUUCGCUAAACGGAUCAGUGCAAAAUUCAAGAAAACUCAGAGUAGCAUACCAAGGAGCUCCUGGUGCUUACAGUGAAUUUGCAGCGAAAACAGCUUGUCCUGAAUCAGUUACAAUACCUUGCAGGGCAGUUAUUAAUGUGAUCUCUGCAAUUGAAACAGGAAGAGCUGAUCUUGCUAUACUUGCUGUUGAAAGCACCAUGGAAGGAACUGCAGUUAGAAACUAUGACUUGCUACUACAACGAGAUUUAUGCAUUGUGCAAGAAAUUAACCUUUUUGUUCAGUACUGCUUAUUAGCAAUGCCUGGUGUGACAAAAAGUGAACUGAAGAGAGUGAUUAGCCAUCCAAUGGCUUUAGCUCACUGUGGCAGGAGUUUGGCUGAGUUAGGACUUGAUCACCAAGCUGUUGAUGAUACGGCUGGUGCAGUCGAGCUUCUUUUGUCUAACAGAAUGCUUGAUACUGCAGCCAUUGCUAGUACUCGAGCCGCUGCAUUGUAUGGUUUAGAUGUUUUAGCUCAUGGGUUACAAGACGAAUCAUGGAACGUUACUCGUUUCUUGAUUUUGUCAAAAAAUAACCCAAAAAUUGCAAAGAAGAGAAAAGUUGGAGUUAAAACAAGUAUGGUUGUAGCUCAUCAUAGUGGAACUCUGGAUGUACUCCUCAAAGUUCUGUCCACUUUCUCGUCUCGAAAGAUCAGUCUAACAAAACUAGAAGUGAAUUCCUCAUCGAAUAAUAAUGGCCCUGUAAAAGUCUUGGAUGCUCAUGAAGGAGGAUCUAUCAAGGAAUACCCUUGUGUUCUCCACGUUGAUUUUGAAGGUUCCGUAGAUGAUCAAAAGGUUAAGGAUGCUAUAGCUGAACUUUCUGAUUUACCUGUUUAUGUUAGGAUCUUGGGUUGCUACUCUGCAGAUCCUACUAUCUAUGGUCUUCAGUAA